CGUAGAUGUUGAUUGCAGGCAUGAACUCACUCGCAGACGAUGGUCAUACAAAUGGAGAUUUCGUGAUCUACUAAUCGGUAGCUCGUAUCCCAGUCAGGCAUUUUAUCGUACGGUCCUUGCACGCAAUUGGAAUGUGCCCUGGCCUCGUUCACAAUCUGGACUGAUAAGUUGGCGUGCCAUCACCAUCUUUGGCGGUGUCCAUAUUUCCAUAUCUGAUGGCGAUCGAUGCGAGGGGUGGUUAGGGCCGCGACUAUUCUUUUCCCACGUGGUGUCCAUGUUAAAAAUGACCAGCAUGCCCAAUUUUUCUUUCAGUCAUUUAGAGUCCGGUGGUCGUAGUACUCGAUCGGCCAUCUCACGAUGCAUCGGGGACAUCAUUUGGCUUAUGCCAUGUGGGGGAUGGCAGUCCUCUGUAUUUCUUUGGCUGCUCUCCGUCUAUAUACUCGCAUUCGAAUCGUUAAGUUCGUCGGCGUUGAGGAUUACAUGUACGCAUGUACUAGCCUAUUCUUCCUUUUAUUCACCAUCUUCAUACAAAUCUCGGUCUAUCACGGGUUAGGCCAAAGUUACUGGACGUUGAGCGUCGACGAUACGUCAAACUCCAUCUUUUGGACUUACGUUGCGAAUAGCUUUGCUGUAUCCGGGAACGCGAUGGCCAAGCUAUCGAUGGGGCUAUUUCUACUUCGAGUGGUUCAGUUCCGAUGGCAGAAGAUCGCGCUUUGGACUGCUGUGGCCAUCACCGUUGGCACAUCUAUUGCUCUCGUGGUUAUGUUGUGGAAUCAGACAACACCGGUUCAAACAAGUUGGGAUCCGUUGAGAACCCCUGGAAAGUGGAAUCUUCAGAUCCAACCUUUAACCGUCGGACUCGGAGUUUGGUCCAGUAUCUGCGACUUUUUCUUCGCCAUGUUUCCCUGGUUGUUCAUCCGGUCUCUUCCAAUGUCUCAACGUGAGAAAGUUAUAUUGGCGGGAAGCAUGGGCCUAGGGGUAUUCGCUGGAGCUUGCGGUAUUAUUAGGACGGUGGUCUUAUCCAAGUUGAAUGUGUUCAACUUUACAUUAGACUUUGUGCCUUAUUUUGCUUGGACCGGUGCGGAAAUUGCGGUGGCUAUGGUUUGUAUAGGUAUACCUACCCUACGCCCGCUAUAUAUCAAGACCCUAGGUAGAAAUACCACAAAUGCGUGCUCAAACCACCACCGGACCAACGACGCGAGCGAGCUACCUCAAUAUACAACACACAAACGGAACAAUCUUAACAAAUGCCCACCAGUUCGGGCUCGGGAUUCGGGAUAUUCACAAGCUUCUAACAUAUCGAGACCGCCGAUAGCAUACACCAAGGUGCGGAGCGAAAGCGUGGACGAUGUAAUGUCCGAUAGCAGUAAGAAGCAAGCUGGGCUGAUAUGGGUUGAUAACGAAGUUCGAAUCCAGGAGGACGUUGUAGAGUGGCCGUUGCAAAAUUAACACCAUAAUAAUUAUGAAGAUAUAGUGAAAUAUAUUUACCUUGACAACCAAUUAAAUUGAUAAAUAUUAAUCCAAGGUUAUAAUAGGGUUUGCAUCAACUUUGAAGAAUUAUGAUUGCCUUGCUGUAGUUGUUGAAUUAGG